AUGGCACCAAGAGGACUUUCGGCGGAGGAAAAGCGCGUCAAAUUAUUGGAAAUCUUCCACGAAACUAAAGACUUCUAUCAGCUCAAAGAAUUAGAGAAACUCGGCCCCAAAAUGAAAGGAAUCGUCUCACAAUCCGUGAAGGAAGUCCUUCAAUCUCUGGUCGACGACGGUCUCGUCCAAGGAGACAAGAUCGGCUCAUCCAAUUUCUUUUGGAGCUUUCCUUCCCAACGAGGCGCUAUGGUGCAAGCCAGAUUAAGCACGGUCAAGGAAACCCGUGACACCUACCAAAAGCAAAUCGAGGAGCUUAGAAUCUCCGUAGAAGAAGAGAAGGGUCAACGCCUUGAGUUGGACAGUCGCAAGGAGGCUCUUCGGGUGCUAGCGUCACUGAAGGCUGAGCUGGCACAGCUAGAAGGGGAGAUCAAUGCGUACGGUGCUUGUGACCCAAUCAAGAUUGAAGAAAAGAAACGGGGUGUUGUCCUGGCCAAGGAGGCAGCCAUUCGGUGGACAGACAACUACUCCGUCCUGUUGUCUCAUUUCAGAAGACAGACCGGUGUCGAGGCCCAAGAGAUCAAGCAAUUCCUUGGAGUCGAGGACGAGUACGAAGAUAUCUAUUAG